AUGCCAUCUCUUUUCAGAAUAUGCAAUGUCUUUGGCGCCGUUCCAGACUGUGGCGACCAAUGGAACAUUGUCAAAGGAGCCUUCCACCACAUCAAGGGUUCCUCCAAACACGAUGACGACAACAUGACUGUCAAUACAGAAGCCAGCGAAGACCCGAUCAAUGAUAAAAUUGAGUCCGCAGUGCUCAUCCAGGCCCACGUCCGAGGUAUGAUGACACGCCUCACGAUUCUAAAACGGCUCAAGAUGGAAAAGAGAGCACGGAUCGAGGCCAACCUCGAAGAAAUUCACGAGAUCCUAAAGACCAACAAACAGCUCUACAAUCGAUGCAAACCAAAUAUUCGAGGAGGAAGGGGACUUCCAAGAACAGUCAUCACAAGGAUAGGCUUCGUAUCUGUGCUUGCCACAACAAGAAAUAAUUCGUUGAGGCUUACCACUCGCGCAGAGCGACAAUACCAAUCAUUUGACACCAGGUGCAUGUCCGAGCUACCCAAAAAGAUUGAUGGCAUCUUUGAAGUUGAUCGUGGAGAUCAAGGCUUUAUUGAUUACAGUGCUUUGCUGGAAAAGCUGUUGCUCUUCCACGAUGAUAUUCUGGAGUUGAUUUUGGAACUAUUCAAGACUCAGCUCCAGUCUGUAACCGAGACUCUCGCCGAAAUCUACGAAUGGAUUCAUGAAGUAAAUACUCACACAGAGUACCUUCAAGAUACAUUUGACCUUGGCGAUGAAUUGGAGCUUCCGGAAGAAUGUCAACUGGGCGCAACCAGUGGGUCAUCUGCAUCCCUCGUCCAGACCCUAAAGGUGAUCAACUUCGAUAGGAGCAUGCGAAUGACAGCUGCAUUUGAUAUCCAACAAGAGCGAGAUCAGAACAGACUGCACGAAUUUCUGAAGUUCCUUCAAGAAGACCAAACGCCGUAA